AUGUUUGUCAAGUGUGCAUGCUCUUGUCUGGUGGACAAGUGUUUUCAGAUAGCAAUUAUAAUGAAAAGUGGGCGUGGCCCCACGUACUAUAGCAUUCCUUAG